AUGAAGACUUCGAUUCCGUCAGACGUAUGGGAGAAGAAGAAAGCCUUGAUUGCCAAGCUGUACAAAGAGGAAGAAUGGCCUCUCAAACAAGUCAUCAAGAAGAUCCGCUCAGACAACUUCAACCCAAGCGAAACUCAGCUUCGGAGCAGACUGAAGAAGUGGCGCGUCACAAAGCCAUCUCGGCAAACACGGAAGAAGUCUCCCGAUGGCCAGCUCAAAACCACCGACGGCGACAGUGGAAUCGAUGGAGCAUCUCCAAAGACACAGACAUCAUCUGUCUCUCCCAGGACUCCAUUGCAUGCUAACCAGCAGCCCGCUGUGAGAGCCUUUCCAGCUACAGAGCCUGAGUGGUAUAUGAGCCACGGGGUAUACGCGCCAUCACAGGGAGCUUCAGGUCCAAUUUUCGUCGAUGAUCAGACUAUGUCCACUACCUGGCCUCUACUGGCUGGCCAACAACCAUCACCAAGCCCGUCGGAUCAUCAUACCUCUCACAAUGGCUCUCCCGUAGCUAUGUCAGGCUCCAAUGCUUUCCAUCAGCGCCACAUCUCGCCGGGGAUGGACACAGUAUUUGUCAACGCGACAUCCACAAUGACGCAUGCUUUUAGCGGCACCCCAUUUUCCGUCACCACUGAAUCUUGCAUGCCGGAGCAAGUGUCUACAACGGCGGCAACAGCACCUAUUCAGUGGACCGUCCCUCAUUGGUACCCACUGCCUCCGGGAGCCAUUUCUCAACCUCCGCCAGUUCACUUUUAUCCUCCUGCUCCUCCAAGCCCUCCGUCGACGAGUCCCGUGGACCCUGCAAUGCAAGCACCGCACUCACAGGUUGACUUCUCCGUAUAUUCGCCCAACUAUUCUGGCCCUUCUCAACAUCAGGUGUCCGAAAACUUCGACGGAGUCAAGUCAUGGAAACGGGUUAUGUCGCUUCAAUAUACGCCUGACACAACGGCGCUUAAUUCAGGAGCCGAACGACCUGAGGUUGCAAAUUAUGCUGACAGGAAGGCGUCGCUACCCUCAAAGAUGUCAAGCCAUCAUUCCAAUGGACUCAUGACUCCGCCGUCACAAUUCUUCCCUCAUGAGCAAAACCCUAUGAUGUGUGGACCAAUGUAUUCCUACCCUGGCCCAGAUCCUCUUCUACACAGGCCACCGAGCAUUGAGUUCUAG